AUCCACUUGAUCUAAUUGUUAUUCCAACAUACAAUAGCAAGUUUGCUAGGAAUUAAAGUUCAGCUGCUCAUUUGUGAGUAAUUGGAAAAGUUAAAUGACUGUUCUGUAAUUAUGCCAAUCUUUCUCCGUCGCCUCCAAAUCAAACCUCGAGGGAGGUAAACGGGAAAGUGAAAUUCCCCAAAAUCGCGACGCUGCAAAAACCCGGAGAAAACCUCUCCCGUUAAACCCUUCGCCGUCCUUCCUCCCUACCCACUUUCUCAUUUCACAAUGUAUAGGGUCCAUCGCAGUCGCAGCGCCCUCGCGAAAACCCUCCAGCACCGCUUCUUCUCCCAGUCGGCCGCCGCCGCCGUCAUCGUCGAGGAGCCAGCAAUCCAAGCACCAAUCACCUACCUCGAAGGGUUCCCGAAGCCCGGCCCCGCCGAGAAGAUUCUCGCCAUCCCUCGAGCUUCUUCCGGGAAGAACAUUUCCGCCAAGGAGAGGAAAGUCGGGAGGGUGCCCGCUAUCGUGUUCGAGCAGGAAGACGGGCAGCAUGGGGGCAACAAGCGGUUGAUCUCGGUGCAGUCGAAUCGCAUCCGGAAUUUGGUGGAUAAGGUCGGGAGGUCGUUCUUCCUGUCGAGGCUUUUCGAUCUCGAGGUCAGGAGCGAUUUUGCCAAGGAGGAUGAGAUUAUUGAGAAAGUUCGCGUCUUGCCGAGAUUGCUACAUUUGCACUCUGGAACUGAUGUUCCGUUGAACGUAACCUUCAUAAGGGCACCUUCAGAGGCUCUGUUGAAAGUUGAUAUUCCUCUGGUGUUCAUAGGAGAUGACGUGUCUCCUGGACUCAGGAAAGGUUCGUACUUGAAUGUGAUUAAGAGGACGGUGAAGUUCCUCUGCCCAGCAGAUAUCAUCCCUCCGUAUAUCGAAGUAGACCUAAGCGAAUUGGAUGUUGGCGAAAAAUUGCUGGUGGGUGAUCUCAAAGUUCAUCCUGCAUUGAAGCCCGUACCGCAGGAAGAACAGCCAGUUGUGAAGAUUGCUGGAGCCCGAGUAUCCGACCAAAAGAGAGCAAAAUAAAGUGCCCUCCCCACAAGUUAGUUAGCGAACAGCUGUUAUGUUUGAAUCUGUGUAACACACAACUCCAACAGGGAGCCGUGUUUUCUUGGCAAGGUAGGCGGUUUUCCUGUUGCAGGUAACCUGAAAACCAGACUAGAUCGCAUGCUCAGAGCCAUGUAAGAUUUGGAGGGCGAGAUAAUCUCAUUUUUUGUUAGGAUGGACUGAUUCUAUUAUAUCCUUGGUCCUAUAUUCAAUAUCAGAGGGAUUAGAGCUAGUCUGUUCAAAUUCUUUAUUGAAAACAAGCUGGCUCAAACAGAUUUCAGUAAUGAAAUCAAGACCAAUUGAGUUAUUUCAGCCAGUUGAUCAGG